GUGUUUGAAGCAGCAUGUCAGCCCCUCCGAUGAUGUAAAGAAGAUCAUCUUUUUUUUAUUUGAUUCGAUUUUUGCUUCCUAAACACUUGUGAAAAAUGCACGCUUUGGCGAUCUACAACGUGGAACUUUUUUUCUCGAUCGAAGCCUUGGACUUCAGUGUGGAUUUGUUCCAAGUUUUCCGACAGGACUGAUGAAAGCCUCUUCAGAGCGACGCUUUAUGGACUCGCACAUUAGCUAAUGAUGGCUAAGGGUUUCAGGCCUGACUGUCGGAACGCCUCAGAUCCCUUCAAAUCGGCUUUUCUAGAGUUUAGCCCCGGACAUCCGGCGCACCAGCAGCGCUCCCCCGGACUCUCCCAUAUCUACCCCUUGCCUGGCUUGCAUGCUGCCGAGCAUUCCCAGCAUGAGAGUCCUUUUCCUGGCAGCGCGUCCUAUGGCCGCUCUUUGGGCUACGCCUACCCCGGCUCGGUGAACGUUCACCCCUCGUCUUCUUACGUGCCCUACCAGUACAGCAAUCACAGCAGAAGCCUGGACCACAGCAGGGCAGAGCAUACAGAUCGCGAGAAGUCCCCUGAGAUCGAGAGCAGGGACCUGCGUCUGAUUGGCAAAGGGAGGAAGAUCCGGAAGCCUCGGACCAUCUACUCCAGUCUGCAGCUGCAGGCCCUGCACCAGCGCUUCCAACAGACCCAGUACCUGGCCUUACCGGAGCGCGCGGAGCUGGCGGCCAAGCUGGGACUCACGCAGACUCAGGUGAAAAUCUGGUUUCAGAAUAAGCGCUCCAAGUACAAAAAGAUCAUGAAACAUGGCAGCGGAUCAGAAGGGGAACAUCUCCACAGCACGAGCUCCAUCUCCCCCUGCUCCCCCGGCCUCCCCCAGCUGUGGGAGGUUUCCAAAGGAGCCCAAAUGCAUUCAAAUAACUACAUGAACACUUUUGGUCACUGGUAUCCAAACCACCAUCCUCAACAGGACGCGAUGCCCAGGCCUCAGAUGAUGUGAGUGGGUUGUUUGUUGGUGUGCAGGCCGAGGUGUUUGUGCCUGUGUGCAAGUCAACUUGAGCCUUUUCUCAGAACUGUUAAAAAAAAGUGUGUGAAAUACAACUUUGAUGUGUUUCGUGUGCGUUUUGGGGUUCAGUGACAAAGCUGAACUCGAGCAGACAUGAAAUGUGUUGUAUUCGUUUUGUUCAGAUGCCACUGCCGCACGUGGACUCAGCUUGUGCAAAAGAGACUCAGGAUCAAGACAUAUGUU